CCAGGAGAGGGGCCUGGAGGCGGCGGUGAACGGCUGGGCCCUGCUCUACUAGGCUUUCUGGGCCGGGCAGAACCAGGACUUCCGCCAGCUGCGUGACGUGAUCAACAAUGGGCUGGAGGAGGAAAAGCCGCUCCCGAGCCAGGCCUCGGCCCAGCAGCUUGCUCGGCCUCAGGGUGGCCUGCACAGACUGGCAGCGGCGGGGGCGGCGGCUCCUCCCUCUCCCCACCCGGCUGCAGGCAGGAGCCUCUCCUAACCCUAACCCUACCUUGGAGGGGCUGACCAGGCAGGACCUGGGGGGCGCCUGCUGCAUGAUGCCAGGCAAGCGAGCUUCGCAGAGCGACCCCAUCCCCAGGAUUGCCUACCAAGCCAAAGCUCCUGCAUGGAGCUAGCACUGCCGCAGCCCCUAAGAGGAGACAGGUUGCUCGGGUGGUUGCCAUGGAGUCAGAAAGGGCCUACGAGCAGGGCUUCGUGGGGAUCCGCUUCUGCCAGGAAUGUUAUCAUCUUGCAAAAUUAGAAGACCAGGUUCUCGGUUCCCGCUUUAGUUCUUCACUCUCUCCAUUCGAUGCUAUAUUUAAAUAGGUAUUGGACCAAACUGAAGACCUGUGUGUGUUGGCCACUUUUUGCAAUAAAAUAUUUUGAUUCCCUCCCCCCCUUCCCCAGAGUUUUAAAGCCAGAUUAAAAUCACAAGACCAUGUCCGAACCUAAGCUUCUUCGGAAACCUCUGCCUCCAAAGGAGGAAAUUGAACUGUAUAUGUCAAAGAGAAAAGGCCGUGAAGAAUAUUUAGGUACUAUGGAUGAAGGCCUAGACUCCAAAGAAAAACCUGGAGCUGAUGGCAUCCAACUUCUGGUGCCUGUGAAGAGCCAUCCAAUUGAUCUUUCUUUUCCUGUCUGUGAUUUUGGAAGCCACACUCUAGGCCAUAUCAUCAUGCCAAACUAUCAAUCUUUUCCAAAUAUCAAGCGAGACUUUGAUAUUUCCCCACAGCCUACUGGCCCCCCUAGCUUUCCAAAGCAAAAACGUUCUGUACCCCUGAGGAUGCAGUUGUCUAGACUGGCAGGGCAUCCAUUGAAUAUAGCAACUGAUUUCAUGCUGGAAGGUAUUGCUGCAGCUGCAGUUACUUCUCUUCAUGUACGAACUGUGAAGCCCGCACCUACAAAGCCGGUUCUUUCUCGUUUAAACUAUGAAGUAUUCACCAGCCAGUUGAUUGCUAAACAGAAAAGAGGUUCACAGACAGCCAGUACCGUCACAUUCCCUCCAGAAGAUUCCCCCCAUCUUUUGAAUGUUGUUGAACCAAGAAAACCUGAGAGACAAAGGCUGAUAGAAAAGAUGCUAGAAGAGAAGAACACACUCUCUUCCCUGGUACCUCACAUUUCAGAAGGAGCUAUAGAAGAGGGAAGUCAAAUAGUUGAAGAACGUAAGCAGAAGAAAAAGAAAAGAGUGGCCUAUGAAGAACCUGACAUGGAUUUUGGUGUAUCACUUGUCUCUGGUACUGGAUGCACUCGAUUCAGUGCAAAAGAUGAGGAGAAAAUAUUGAUGACAAAUGCUGAAAUGGCAGUUCUCUGUUGUCUAAUGCAUAAAAAAACUGGACUUAGUCUUAAGGCUUUUUUCCUGCCCCAACUUCCAGACCUCUCACCUUUGGCUGACUUUUUAGUGUACCUCAACCUGUCUUUUAAUGACUUGCAUGACUUUCCUAGGGAAGUACUUAAUAUUAGAACGUUAGAAAUACUGAAGCUCAGAAACAACCCUAUCAAAUUCAUCCCAAGAGAUAUUUACAAAAUGAAGAGUCUUAAAGUCUUGAUUAUGUCCUUCAAUUUGCUAACUGCUCUUCCAUCCGGGCUGUUUGAAUUAUCAAAUCUUGAGGGCCUUGAUGUUUCCUACAACGAACUUGAAUUUAUCCCUAAGGAAAUUGGAAAACUCAGCAAACUUACGUAUCUGAACGUGGAAGGGAAUUUCCUGUAUGUUUUGCCUUGUGGGAUUUUGGAGCUUCCACUGACCCGCCUUAAAGUGGAAAACAACUUCUUGCAUCCCUAUUUCUGGGGCGAAGUCAGCCAGCUUCAGCCGCAAAGACUCACUGACAUGGCUGCCCUUUGUUUUGCCAAAAACAACCUGUGGGAAAAGUAUAAAGAGAUUCCAAGCGACACUGAAGAGCUAUUGCAGAACUUUACUGCCUGUAGUUGCUGCCAGGGAUUCUUGUAUGGUGAAGGCCUUCAAUUCAUUCGUGUUUAUAGGAGUAUCUAUGGACUUCGGCUUCCGUAUCUCUUUUCUGCCUGCUCGCCUACAUGCUUUACAGAUUUCGUCUCUCAAACUGUCCCAGCCUGAUAUGUCACUGUGUUUAAUUUCUUGGGGUUGCAGCUGAGUCAAAUAAAAAGCUGAGGCAUGCAGUGUGUGUAGCUCUGAGGCCUAGUCCAGUUCCUGCUUUAAGGCACAGAGUAAGUUGGCAUAGCCUGCACUAUACCUUGCUGCCCUGGCAUCUCUAGCAGUUGGAGAUCUGCAGCAGGCAGCAUGUGUUAUCCACUAUAUUUUAAUUUGAACUUUUUUGUUUAAUAAUCCUGAGUAUGACACUGAAUGUACAUUGCUUUGUUUAAAAAAAAUUGCAAUAGUUUUACCAUAAAAGACUACAAAUGUAACAAAACUAGAGCUUAUAACCUUAAAAGGAUCCAUACCCAAAAUAAAUGAAGUUCAUCAGCAUUCCCAUUUGGUGGCAACAAACCAUUUUUACUAGCUGAGUUUUAAGUACAAUAGGAUGGCAAAGAGAGGCUAACUAGUUUACAUUUACGUGGUCUGGAGCUUCUGCCUGAUAUGUUAUGCUAUAUUUACUGCUGUACCGUUUGCAGUUUCAAAAUACAAUAAAACUGAGAUUGUGCUAACA